AUGACUCCGAGAUUAUCAAAUUUUUGUGUGAGAUGUAUAAAAACGCAACCUUCCGAGGCAAGGAAAAAUGUCAAUAGUAUUGACAGUGUGUCACAUUCUGAUACAUAUAGCUUGUCAGAAGGUGUGAAAUAUCUUCAUUCAAAUCUAGAUGAUGAGAAGCCAGGAAUUGUUGACAACACACAACAGGUGCCAUCAGAUAUUGGCUCCACUAUAGGUGCUCGUUCAAGGACAUACUGGCAGCCACCAAUGGAUUGUUAUUUCAUUGAUCUUAUGCUAGAUCAAGUGAAAAAAGGAAACCAGGUUGAUGGCCUAUUCAGAAAACAAGCAUGGAUGGAGAUGAUUGCACUUACUAAUGCUGAUUUUGGAUUUGACUACGAAGUUGACAUUCUCAAAAAGUGA